GAAGUGACGGACAAGUAUACCAUCUUUGCUAGAAUCGCCAUGAACUAGAGGCCUCAAUUCAAGAAUCUCUCCGCCUCUCCAUCAGAGAAUGAAAUGCCUGUGGGAACUCAGGAAGAAGGCGUCCUUUUCUUAGGGGGGUAGCCAUCUGCUGGCAUAAGUAUGGUAUGAAGUAGCAGAAGCAAGUAUCAUCGAGCGCAAGCAGCAGGCUUCAUGGCUCGUCAGGAGCACAACGGAUUACACCGCCACGAUCAGCCGACCCUGCAAAACUUACUGGGAAGUGCGACGCCAUAUAGCCAUGCUGGUAGUGAGUACAGCGAGAAGAACGACAAGCUCUACGGCCCGGGCCUGGUAUUUGAAGAUCUCUUGUACAGUGUGAGCAAGAAAGUGAAGAAAGAAGGCAAGUCGGUGGUGACUUCAGUGGAUUUGCUGCAUAACAUCUCGGGCGAGGCACUCAAAGGCCAUGUCACUGCUGUUCUCGGGCCGAGUGGAGCUGGGAAGUCGACUUUCCUGGACGCUCUAGCAGGCAGGAUUUGCAAAGGAAGCCUGCGAGGCCGAGUGACGGUGGAUGGCAGGGCAGUGAGUACAAGCAUGAUGAAGAGAAUAUCUUCAUACGUGAUGCAGGACGAUCAGCUGUUUCCCAUGCUCACAGUGUACGAGACGUUUCUUUUUGCGGCUAACGUUCGGCUUCCCAGUGCGUUCACUCCGGAGGAGAAGAAAGCGCGUGUCGAAGAACUGAUCACGCAACUUGGCUUGGAGCAUGCAGCUGAUACGUACAUAGGCAACGAAGGAGUGAGGGGUGUCUCCGGCGGAGAAAGAAGGAGAGUGUCAAUUGGCGUGGAUAUCAUCCACGGGCCAUCUCUCCUCUUCCUUGACGAGCCAACUUCGGGAUUGGAUUCCACGAGUGCAUUCGUUGUGGUGGAACGUCUGAGGGACAUUGCGCAGCGGGGAAGCACAGUUAUUCUGACCAUUCACCAGCCGUCCUACCGCAUUCAGCAGUUGCUCAAUCGGCUCAUUGUUCUUGCGAGGGGGAAACUGAUCUACUUAGGAAAGCCUGAUGCGCUCGAGGACCACCUUGCAGACCUUGGACGGCCUGUUCCCGACGGGGAGAAUGCACUGGAGAACCUCCUGGACGUUAUCAAAGAGUAUGACGAGUCGGACUUGGGUUUGGAACCUCUGGUGCAGUUCCAGAGGGAUGGCGUUCGACCGGAUGGGCUUGGAGCAGAAGCGACGCCACUGCCAUCCAAGAACAGGAACAGGAAUUACUACCAAGUCGACGCCGAAGAUGACAAUGACUUCGACCGCUCCCUUCCAAAGAGCAUGGCCAUGACUCCCUUGCACAACGAUCCCAGGCUUGCGGCUCAGUUUUACAGGGAGUUCUCCGCGUGGCUGUACAACGAAGCCAUUGACACGUUAAGACGGACUCCGGCGAGGACACCGGCAAGAGCUUUACGGGUGCCAGCACUCUCUGCAUGGAGGACGCCUAUAGUGGCACCCGAGAAGCAACAGCGGCAGCAGCAGCAGCCAGUGGACGUUUCGGUGUCUUGCACCGUUGCUCUGGAUGACCGCUUCCAGCCGUCCCACGCGCCAUACUCGGAUUUCAGCACCGAUGACGAGGAGGAGUCGGAGGAGUGGAGGCACAAGUUUGCAAACCCAUGGUCGAGAGAGCUGGUGGUUCUCAUGUGGAGGAACUACAAGAACGUGUACAGGACACCCGAGCUCUUCCUCUCCCGGGAGCUGGUGAUUGUGGUGAUGAGCGCAAUGCUGGCGACACUCUUCAAGCGGCCAAAGGACACUCUGGACGGCGUGAACGAGCUCAUGAACUUCUACAUCUUCGCGGUGUGCCUGCUCUUCUUCUCCUCCAACGAUGCCGUGCCCACCUUCAUCCAGGAGCGAUUCAUCUUCAUCCGGGAGGCGUCGCACAACGCGUACAGGGCCUCCUCGUACGUGAUCGCCAACCUCAUCGUCAACCUCCCCUUCCUGGCCAUCCAGGCGCUCACGUUCGUGGUGAUCACCUGGUGGACUCUCCGCCUCCACGGCAGCGUCUUCACCAUCUGGCUCAUCCUCUUCGCGUCGCUCAUCACAACAAACUCGUUCGUCAUGUUCGUCAGCGCCGUGGUUCCAAACUACAUCAUGGGCUACGCGGUCGUCAUCGCCAUCACCGCGCUCUUCUUCCUCAACUGCGGCUACUUCCUCAAGCGCUCCCAGAUCCCCGGGGUGUGGCUGCCGCUGCACUACAUCUCCACCAUCAAGUAUCCCUUCGAGGCGCUGCUCGUCAACCAGUUUGACAAUGGCUACCACGCGUGCUACGCGAAUGGACCCGUGUUUGAGAAGCCGGGGCCGCUGGGCAAGGUUCACACAAGCGUAACGUCCAACUCGUCGUGCACGGUGGAUGGAACCGACGUCCUCAAGACCAUGGACAUGGGUGGCGCGCGAAUCGGGGUGGACGUUUUGGUCCUGCUGGCCUGGGGAGUGUUCUACAGGCUGCUCUUCUACGUCAUCAUCAGGUUCUACUCCAAGAACCAGCGACAUUAAAUCUCUUCUCUAUGAUAUUUCGAUAAAGCUCUAGCGAUCAUAAGAUCACUAAUAAGUACUAGCGCAAUAAAGACUAAGUUUCGGAUCA